AUGGCCACUUCUGGAAAAGUGAUCAGAUGCAAAGCUGCUGUUGCUUGGGCCGUGGGCAAACCACUCUCUGUGGAGGAGGUGGAAGUUGCACCCCCAAAGGCAGGUGAAGUUCGUAUCAAGAUGGUGGCAACUGGCAUCUGUCACUCAGAUGAAAUCCUUAGGGAAGGUGGCAUUGCCAAUAUAGAUUUCCCAGUUAUCCCAGGUCAUGAAGGAGCAGGGAUUGUGGAGAGCACUGGAGAAGGAGUGACCUCUGUGAAACCAGGUGACAAAGUCAUUCUCCUCUGUGUUCCUCAAUGUGGAAAAUGCAUCUUCUGCCUGAAUCCUGAGUCUAACUUCUGCCUCAAGGCUCACUUAUAUGAAUCACAGUGUGUGCUACCUGACAAGACCACCCGGUUCACUUGCAAAGGGAAGCAGAUCCACCACUUCUUUUGGGUCAGCACCUUUGCAGAAUACACUGUGGUACCGGAGUAUGCUGUUGCCAAGAUUGAUGCUGCUGCACCUCUGGACAAAGUCUGCUUGCUUGCCUGCGGGUUUCCCACAGGAUAUGGGGCUGCCAUCAACUCUGCCAAGGUAAAACCGGGCUCCACCUGCGCUGUCUUUGGCCUCGGAGCAGUUGGCCUCUCUGUUGUCAUGGGCUGCAAGGCAGCUGGAGCUUCCCGCAUCAUUGCCAUUGAUAUCAACAAGGAUAAGUUUGCCAAGGCCAAGGAGCUGGGAGCCACUGACUGCAUCAACCCUCAAGACUUCCAGAAGCCCAUCCAUGAGGUGCUCAUUGGGAUGACCGGCUACGGGGCGGACUACACCUUUGAGGCCGUUGGGAAGCAAGAUACCUUGGCUGCUGCCAUGACUUCCUGCAAAGUGAGCACUGGCACGUGCAUAAUGGUUGGAGUACAGAAAGCUGGUUCAAUGCUUGCAAUUGACCCUAUGCUUCUGCUGAGUGGGCGUGCAUGGAAGGGGACUAUGCUUGGAGGUUGGAAGAUGAGAGAUUCUGUCCCCAGAUUAGUUUCCAGCUAUUUGGAGAAGAAAUUCAACUUAGAUGUGCUAAUCACCCACACGCUGCCCUUCACUAAAGUCAAUGAGGGACUGGAGUUGUUACGUGCAGGGAAAAGCGUUCGCACUGUCCUGCUCUUCUGA